AGGUGCUGGACCCGGAGAAGGACGGGCUGACGCGCCUGAAGCACCUGCGGGCGCUGCUGGCCAUCCCUCUAAGCCUGAAGUGGAGAACACGAUGUCUAAUGGGGGUGUCCCCUUGUGGCAAUGUCCCGGGAGGCUGCUAAUGGCUCUUGUCCCUGUGGCUAUGGGGCACUACAUUUUCAGAGCUGCACCCCAGAGAUUGUGAAUGAGCUGGAUCGGGACUCCAACAACUCCAACUCGCUGGACAAGGGUCAGGUGUCCCAGGCCACCCAGGAUCAGUGCUGCUCUGAGGAAUCAUCCCUGACUCUGGAUGAGGCCUGCACGAUACUGGCACUCAGAGAAGGGGCAGUGAAGAAUUGUGGACAUUCCCUGCUCCUAUCCUUCCCGGAAAGAAGCCUCUCCAACUUCGCAACAAUGUGCUCCAUCUAUCAGAUGUUCACGUCAGCCCAGCAGGUCCUGGAUCAGCAGUUCACUAGGGAAAGGCACAUGGAGUGUCAGUGAUGUGGCUGGAUUUUUCCCUUACUCCCACCCCCGUGUCGGCUAUGCGAUGCGUUCCAGCAGCUGAGCCGGCCAAAGAGCCUCCCAUGGAGCGAGAGACAACCCUGGCUCUGCAUCAGCCAUCACCUUCAGGGUCCGAGCCAGCCUCCCCUCCACCGGCCGCUCCAGAACUGGAACAGGGGCUCCUAUGUUAUGAAUGCUCGCCGGGUCCUGAGGCACAGACAGCUGGGCCAUCGGCUUGCCUGGGAGUUUUCACUCCAGCUGUCCCAGUUGCCACUGGGCCCACUCGAGCCGCAAAGGCGUCCUGCCAACCCAAGAACCAGCUCAAAGAGAAGGAGCCUGACCUCCUGGAGUUCCCUCCCAAGUUGGUGGCAGAGCAGCUCACCUACAUGGAUGCGGAGCUGUUCAAGAAGGUGGUGCCCCAUCAGUGCCUGGGCUCCGUCUGGUCCCGGAGGAACAGGCCUGGCAACGAGCACCUGGCACCCACAGUCCGGGCCACCAUCGCCCAGUUCAAUGCCGUGGCCAGCUGCAUCAUCACCACGUGCCUUGGCAACCCAAGCAUGACAGCCCGGGACAGGGCCGUGGUGGUGGACCACUGGAUCCGGGUGGCCAAGGUAUGCUACAGGAGGCCCAGCUCCCUGAGGCUCUCCUGGCCUCGGGAACUGCUCUUCUGUCUUGCUCCCUUCUCAGGGCUGAAGGCCCUGCUCUAAGACCUGUGGUCCUUAGGCUCUUCCUCCUGGGGGCAUGGCCCAACAUUGGGAGGCUCCGUUCC